AUGUUUUUUAUACGUAUCGCAUUUUCUUCAAUAAAUAUUACUGUUGUUGCAGCCACCGCUGUGAAUUAUCUUGCAGUUGUGGCUAUGAAGACCAAGAAAGUUAGUCCCGCCUGGUUCAUGUUUUCAGUGUUGUUAUUGUUCAUGUGUUUGUCUCUAGAAACCCAAGUCUGCUUUGCAGUUGAUACCAUCUCCAGAAACCAAUCUCUUUCUGGUUGUAAAACCAUUGAUUCAGCUGGCGGAGUCUUCCAGCUUGGUUUCUUCAGACCAGGAAUGUCUUCCAACUAUUAUAUAGAGAUGUGGUUCAAAAAAGUGUCCCAGCUCACUACAGUUUGGGUUGCAAACAAAGAUAAACCUAUCCAUGAUAUAUAUUUAUCGGUUUUGAAAAUCUCUGAUGGUAACUUAGUUCUGUUCAAUGAGUCUCAAGUGCCAAUUUGGUCUACAAAUGUUAGCCCAGGCUCAGGCUUAGCCAUCUCAAGUUCUGUAGUUGUAGUUCUUUUAGAUGAUGGGAAUCUUGUUUUGAAAGACGAUCUAAAUUCAUCGACAAUAUUGUGCUUUGGAAUGAUGCUUUUGGAACUUGUAUCAAGAAGGAGAAACUGCCAACACACAAUUGAUGAAGAAGGUACAUUCUUUCCAGUUUGGGUUGCUAGACAAUUGAUUGAACGCACGGAUCUCCUCAAACUCUUAGAUAGCAGACUGAAUGGAGAUGGCCAAUUUAGAACUCUCAAGAACAUGUAA